CCUCACGAGACUCAGCCGCAGCCGGGCCCGCGGGGGGAGCCGGCAAAAGAGGAAGGAGGGGGGGGGAGAGAGAGACGACAACCCUGCGCAUGCGCGAGACCGCCGCUAUUUCCCAUUCAGGAGAAGGAGGCGGGAUAUCGGCGCCUCCCGAGAAAAGGAUAAAGCUGUUUCAGAACUUGGGGGGAGGGAUGCAUCAUGUGUCAACUGUCUCUAGUAAAAACACCUUCGCCUGGAACUUAAAAUGUCUGAAUCCUGCGUGGCAUUAGAGCCGUUAUUUUGGGACCUAAAAAAUACUGGGGGCUGUCAAGGUUUUUAAAGACGCACCUUCCACGAUGACAACAGCUGUUGACAAGCACAACCUGCAGGAAGUAGAAGUGAUGUCUCUCCCCCAACUACACCUAUUAAGGCAUGCUCGUGUUUUUAAGUGGCCUUUUAGAAGAAGUGUUCAUCACCGGACCUGUGAAUAUCAGAUAAUGAAGUAGGGUAUACUCAAGUCAUCUAGUACAUCAAUCUUGAAAGACAGGCUGAGACACUGACACCAGAGCAGAUAACAGAGUACAAAGGCGUCUUCGAGAUGUUUGAUGAGGAGGGCAAUGGGUUAGUGAAAACAGAUGAUCUGGAGAAGCUUAUGAGCUUGAUGGGAAUCAACCCAACCAAGAGAGAGCUGGCGACAAUGGCAAAGGAGGUGGACAAAGACAAUAAGGGCACCUUGAACUGCGACAGUUUUCUGGUUUUGAUGGGCAUUUAUCAUGAAAAGGCUAAAAACCAGGAUGAAGAGCUGAGGGCAGCAUUCAAGGUUUUUGAUAAGGAACACAAAGGCUACAUUGAUUGGAAUACACUCAAGUAUGUACUGAUGAAUGCUGGAGAGCCACUAAAUGAACAGGAAGCUGAACUGAUGAUGAAAGAAGCUGAUAAGGAUGGAGAUGGAACCAUUGAUUAUGAAGAGUUUGUGGCCAUGAUGACUGGAGAAUCCUUUAAGCUUGUUCAGUAGCGUCCUGCAGAAGAACCGUAUCCUUUGUUACAAAGAUCCUUCCUAGACACUCUCACCUACAAGGGCUGCAGUUCUUCUCAAGAUGCUGUGAUCUGGAGAUGUUUCCGAACACCACUCAUACACGACCCACGUCUGAGUAACUUCACCUGGCAUUCACAGCAGGCGGAAGCUACAGACCAGACCAGAGCUGAGAGACUCCUCUCACAGCAGGUGUAGAAGCUCUUGCAGGACAAAUUCAGUUAUACAAACAAUCUCUUGUGGGCCAUGGAAAUCAUACAAGAGCCAUCAUUUAUGUUUAUUAAUAAACUUUAUACAGAAAGUUUUUCCAA